CGCGCACAGCAGCGGGGCCGCGCAGCCACGGUGGGUCGGCGGGGCGGGUGGGGUCCCCCCGGCACCCCCGAGCAUCCCCCCGGUACCCCCUUCCCCGGCACCUCCCACCCACCCACCCCAGGGUCCCCAUCCCCAUCGGGGUCUUCCACGUCCUCUCCUCGGCUUAUCGGGGGAGGGGGGUAUCCCUGGGGGUCCUGCGUUGGGGGGGGGGGGAAUCUGUGCUGCCACCCCCCCCACGCGAUAUCCCCCUUUUCCCCUCGUCCCGCCGGCGCUGGGAGCGGCCCCGGGAGCCGAGCUCUUCCCCCGGCGCGGAGCGUGUUUUCUCUGCUCUUUCCUCGUUAUUUUUAUUCUUAGUUUUAUUUGGCAUUAUUUAUUUUUAACUCUUCUUCCAACCCCCAACCCCGCGCCCCUCUCCUCCACCCUGCCCGGGGAGUUGCGGGAUGGGGGUCCCGGCUCUGUCCCUACUCCCCCUCCCCGGGGGUCACCGCCAGCCGUAGGUGCCCCCCCCCCACCCCGCUAUGGGGCAGGGUGCUACGGGGCAGGGUACCAUGGGGUCGUCCGGGCCCCUCGGCCUGGCCGGGGCGCUGGCAGGGGACAUGGGGGUGACCCCGCUGCUGUUGGACCUGGGGCGCACGGUGCCCCCCGGGGGGGAUGCUCUGAGGCACGGCCGGGGCCUGGACUGCUGGGAGGUUCGGAACCGCAACAGCUCCGACUGGUGCCACUUCAUCCGGAGCAACCCCGACUGCCGGCUGGAGGGCGGGUUCCUCGACUACCUCCAGGGGGUCUUCUGUGUCUUCCCCCCCCGGCUGCUCCCCUUGGCCGUCACCCUCUACGCUCUCUGGCUCCUCUACCUGUUCAUCAUCCUCGGUGUGACAGCAGAGAAGUUCUUCUGCCCCAACUUAUCGGCCAUCUCCACCAACCUGAAGCUGUCCCACAACGUGGCAGGUGUCACCUUCCUGGCCUUUGGCAACGGGGCACCAGAUGUCUUCAGUGCUGUGGUGGCCUUCUCUGACCCCCGGACCGCCGGGCUGGCUGUUGGGGCUGUCUUUGGUGCUGGUGUGUUUGUCACCACGGUGGUGGCCGGGGGCAUCGCCCUGGUCAAGCCCUUCACAGCUGCCUCCAGACCCUUCCUCAGGGAUGUCAUCUUCUACAUGGUGGCCGUCUUCCUCACCUUCAUGGUCCUCUACUUCGGCAGGAUCACGCUGGGAGAGGCUCUGGGUUACCUGGGCCUCUAUGUCUUCUACGUCUUGGCCGUGGUGCUCUGCACCUGGAUCCACCGGCGGCAGAGGCAGGAAGGCCUGGCCCCCCCCAGGCCCUGGGAGCCAGAGAUGCCAACAGAUGCUGAGGAGCAGGAGUCGUUGGGCACAAACAGUGGGGACUAUGGUGAGGAGUACCGGCCCCUGCUGCCCUCCCAGGAGACCUCCCUGCGCAUCCUCACCAGGUCCCUCAGCCCCUUGGACUACCAGAGGUGGAGGAGGAAGCCCUGGUACUGGCGGCUCUUCAAGGUCUUCAAGGUGCCAGUGGAGCUGGUGCUGCUGCUCACUGUCCCUGUCGUGGACCCUGACAAGGAUGACCUGAACUGGAAGAGACCCCUCAACUGCCUGCACAUCCUCACCAGCCCCUUGCUCUGUGUCCUCACCCUGAAGUCGGGCAGCUACGGGCUAUACCAGAUCCAGGGCAUCUUCCCAGUCUGGGCACUGGUCACACUGGUUGGCUCUGUCCUGGCCAUCAUCAUCUUCCUCACCACAAGCAACGAGGAGCCACCCAAGUACCACUGUGUAUUUGCCUUCCUGGGGUUUCUAGCCAGCGCCAUGUGGAUCAAUGCUGCAGCCACCGAGCUGGUGAACAUCCUCCGGACCCUGGGGGUCAUCUUCCAGCUGAGCAACACCGUGCUGGGCUUGACACUGCUGGCCUGGGGCAACAGCAUCGGUGACACUUUCUCCGACCUCACCAUGGCCCGGCAGGGCUACCCCCGCAUGGCCUUCUCUGCCUGCUUCGGGGGCAUCAUCUUCAACAUCCUGGUCGGCGUGGGACUCGGCUGCCUGCUGCAGAUGACCAGCAGCCAGCUGGUGGUGAAGCUGGAACCUGACCCUGACAACCUCCUGGUCUGGAUCCUGGCCGGAGCCCUGGGGCUGAGCUUGGUCUUCUCCUUCGUGUCGGUGCCAGCACAGUGCUUCCAGCUGGGCAAGGCCUAUGGCAUCUGCCUCAUCCUCUACUACCUGGCCUUCCUCUGCCUGGCCCUGCUCACGGAGUUCAGGGUGAUCCAUCUCUCUGCCAUCUGACCAGCCCCACUGCCUCAGGAGAUGCACGUCCAGCCCUGGCUUGUCCCUCUGCCUCCCUGCUGGAUCAGGGCCUCGCUGUCCCCUCUCCCUGUCCCUGCCAGGGGGACAAGGGCACCUUGACCCUUGCCACAUGCUGGAGGCAUCACGUGCCAGCCCAGCCCUUGGCUGCUGGGGGGGUGGUUUGGUUGGUUGUGCUUCGGGAAAGGACAAGGAGCUGUUAGUCAUUAGCUGCCUCCUCUCCCCGCUCCGUUUAAUCCUGUUUAACUCACUGAGCAGGGAGGAGGUUAAGACCUCAGCUUCCUCCUGUCCUGGUGGCUGGGGCAGAGGGGAGGGCAGCUCCAGCCCAAGGUCACAACAGGAGAGGUUUUUACCUCUUCAACCACUUCACUUUCCCCUCCCUGCCUCCAUCCCAGCUGCUCCAGGACAGGGCUGAAGUGGUCACACUACUGAGCACGAGUUUCUCACGGCAGAGGACACAACACCUCCACCCUGGGGGUUUGAAACAGCAGCCCAGGCAAAGCCAGAUGGGGUUAAGGUGAGACAAAGCUCCAGGGCAGUGCCUGGUUUUAACCCAAGCAAAGCUGGAGGAAAAGACAAAAAACCCCAACGAACCAAGGGAAGUGCAUUUCCCCUCCUUUUUUUUUUUAAGCUGUUUUUCCAGGUGGGUUUCAGAGCCUGCUUUUCUCCUCCUCAGGGGUACAGAGCUGUAGGAAAGGACCAGGAGGUUUCCCACACACAGUGUGAACCUCUGGCAGGAGACUAGGUUUAGGCUAAAAAAAAAAUAAAUAGAAUAAUUUUUAAAAAUGGCAAUAAAAGACCCCAACACAAA